AUCGAAGUGAUCGAGUUCUCGACAUCAAGAAUCAGUGAAAAAAAAAAUGAAAUUUCUCGCUCUUAUAAUUGCCGCUGUCGUAAUCGGAACGCAUUGCCAUUCCGUUACGUCAACGAUUUCAAGCGCGAGGGAUGCAGACGAGACAGCUUCUGCGAACACGUUGGAACAACUGAAAGAGCUAAUUGUGUCGUGUGAAAAGAACUUCGUGAAGCUUCUAAACUUUGGAUUAAAAUUAAGGAAAACCAAGAACCACAGUAAACAAGAGAUACAAUUUUUAAAUCAAUUAGAACCUAUUAUUGAUCGGCUCGUCAAGGAACAAUCAAAAGUGAAACUCAUAUACGUUACGUUUAGCAACGAUACGGAUUCUAUAUUGCAGGCGUUAAAUAACAAAUCAGUGAUCAAAAGUAUUAAUAAUAUGAAAGAUAUAAUCGAUACCAUGAAGAACAUCGAUAUUGUUUAUCAGGACGGUGAUAUUACUGACAAGCACAUUCGAAUCAAACGCGGUUCUGAAGGAUAUAACGAAGCUGCAGGUUUUGCGUCGAAGGAAAGGAUGACUAAUAUGUUACUUAACAUUCAGAAUCAAGUAACGCAAAUCAAAAAAUAUCUGGACAAGUUAUGCAAAAAACAUCACGUGACGUUGAUUCCAAAAGUAAAUUUUAAUGAUGACAACUCGACCGUCAAUCAGCCGAAUAAAUCGAUCGUCUAAAAGAAAUACUGAGAAUAGAAAAUAUACGUGCGCUACUUUAUUAAAACAUUAAUAUAAUGAAAACAAAAACAGUAAUUACAUAAAUGUUUACAUGUACGACAAUGGAGUAAAGGAUACACGUAAAUGCGUACUCAAUAAAUAAAUUACUUAUUGUACUCUUA